AUGAAACUCUUUAAAUAGCUAACUAGUUCAACUUGUAGGUAUUUAAAAUUUUCAAGGUAUUGCAUUGCAAACAGUUCUCCUCUUUAUUCCAAUCAAAUCAAGUUUAAAUUUUCAAGCACAGAUGCUGUUGUUUCAUAGAAGUAGCUUGAAGAGUUGAGAAAUUAUAAAUUAACAAACAAGAUAGAUUCAGAAACUCUAAUGAAAAGAUUUUAGGAUAAUAUAGAGAAAAUUGAUAACUCAGACUUAGUCAAUUAAUUUUGUGUUUAUUUUAUUUAACAGUUUGAAAAUAGGAUUGAAACUCAAAAAGCUAUUCAGAUUUGCGAUUAUGCUAUUGAUAGAUAAUAGAAGAACUAUUCUCCUACUACUUUAAUGUAUUUUAUGGGGCAGAAAAUACUUUUAAAAUAUGAGUAAGGUGAUUUGAACGAUAUGAAUAAAUUAGCAGAUUAGCUCUAUGCAUUAUAUUUAUUUUCAAGGGAAAUUUUAGAUUCUACAACUAGAAUUAAAUACCAAAGUUAUUUAGCUGAAACAAUGGCUAAAGUAAAUCUAGUAGAACAUGCUGAGAGGUAUCUUAAUGGGACAGUUGAUUCUUUGCAGAAUGAUGAGAGAAUUGAUCUAUCUUGGGGUGAAGUUUAUGAUUUAUAUUAUAUUCAUUUUGGAUGCUAUUUUCUUCAAUAGAAAUAUGAGCAAGCUCUUCACUACGGAUUAGUUGCUUAUUAAAUGAUGAAAGGAAACCCUUUUGUAAGUCCUUCUUUUAUUCUAUUAGGAAUUUAUUAAUGCCUUAAAUUUAUUAAUAAUGAAUUGGGAUAGUAGUAAGUCUUGCUUGAAUUACUAAAGUACCCACAAGAUGGAAUUAAUCUUAGUAAUAUUGAUAAACUAGUAUUUGUUCCUUUUAAAAAGAAAUAAAAAAAUUUAGCUUCUUCUAAUCUACUCUUAACUCAUCAAAAGAGUGAUGAUAUUGAGAAAGUAUAAUAGAAAUAAUUUAGAGACUAAAUCUUAUAUGAUUUUAAUUAUGCAAAUUUUCCACUUGUUAACAUUUUAAAACAAAAAAUUAGCAAGCAAAGUGAUACAAUUUGGAAUGAAAAAGAUGACAAAGGAAGAUUUUUUAUUGAAUAAAAUAAAAUAGACAAAGGCAUAGAAUAUUACAAAGACAUCCUUACCAAACUUGAUAGUAUUAGGGAUUAAGAAAAGAUUAUUUAAGUGUCUGACCGUCUUGCGUAUUUGUAUAGUAAAAUUGACGAAUUUGAUAAAGCAUUAGAGUUAUCUUUAGAAGCUCAUUAGAGAAUACUUAAACUUCGUAACAAUAUACUAAUGAAAGACAAUAUGACAUUAUAAAAUAUCCUUUACAUAAAAUUCUUUUAUCAUUCCAAAAAUGAUUAUGCUAAAAGUGUUGAAUGGGGUAAAAAGUGGCAUGCUUAUUGUAUUUAAUAUAAUAUUUUUGAUAUAUACGAUGAUUUUAUAGUUGAAAAUUUAUUUUCUUAAGCUUCUUCAUUGAUAUUAUUGAAUUAGUAAGAAGAAGCUCUAGAAUACUGCAAAUUUAUAUAAGAGUACUUGGAGAAAUUUAAUAAUGAAGAUAUGUUAAGAGCUCUUCAUGGCAUGCUUUUUAAUAUUUACUCAGAUAUUAAUAAUUUACCUGAAGCACUCAAAAAUGGGUAAGUAGUUAUUGAUUAUUACAAUAAAAACUUAAAAAUUCUUACUCAGAGAGAAAAGAAUUUGCUAUAUUAAAGUGUCCUUAAGUGCUGUAGGUUUGCUUAAGAAUUAUAAGAUGAGUAAAAUAUAUACAAGUAUGGAAGAUUAUACUUAUAAUUGAGAAAGGAUGAAGAAACAGAAUUUGAGAAUAUAGAGUUUAGGAUUAAACUUUAACAUUAAAUAAUUUUAGUUAUGAUCUCUAAAAGAUAGUACAAAGAUGCUAAAUAGAUGAUUAACUAGGUUUUAGACUUAAUCAAUUAAAAUCCUAAUAUGUAAAAUUAUUUAAUUAAAAUCCUACUAGCAGAAUCUUAAAUGUCUUAGAAACAAUUAAAAUACUAAGAAGCAGAAAAGUGCAUAUAAUAGGCAGAAGAAAUCCUAGAAAAUAUAAGUAAUGGAGGUGAAAUGGAUUUAGAGAAUGACUAAAACCUAUAUGAGAACUUAAAACUUGAAGUGUAUUUAAAUAAGAGUUUAAUUCAUUACAAUAAAAACGAAUUCAAUUAAUCUAUUAAAUAUAUUGAAAAAUAUGUUUAGAUUUAUAAAAAGUUAAGAUAUAGAAUAAACUCUAAAGUCGUAGAGAUAUUAAAGACACUUUAUAAAAAGUAGGAAUAUAAAAAUACCAUUAGAGAACUUAUACUAACUAAUAACAUAUCAUUUGAUUCAUCUUGA